AGAUUACAUGAUGGAAUUCACGUUUUCUCAAGAAAAGCUGCGUAUCUUGGAUCAAUACCAUUGAAGAUACCUUCUGAUUGCAACACCCAAAGCAGGGUCCUGUAACAAAUUUGUCAAAACACAUACAAUGGAUCUCAAAGAAAGCUGCCCAAGUGUUAGCAUUCCCAGCUCUGAUGAACACAGAGAGAAGAAAAAAAGAUUUACUGUUUACAAAGUGUUGGUCUCAGUUGGCAGAAAUGAGUGGUUCGUCUUCAGACGGUAUGCGGAGUUUGAUAAACUCUACAAUACGCUAAAGAAGCAAUUUCCCACCAUGAACCUGAAGAUUCCAGCUAAAAGAAUAUUUGGAGAUAAUUUUGAUCCUGAUUUCAUUAAACAGAGAAGAGCAGGAUUGAAUGAAUUCAUUCAGAAUUUAGUUAGACAGCCAGAGCUAUGCAACCACCCAGAUGUCAGAGCAUUUCUUCAGAUGGAUAACCCAAAACACCAGUCUGAUCCAUCUGAAGAUGAAGAUGAAAGGAGCAGUCGGAAGUUAAACUCUACCUCACAGAAUAUCAACUUGGGACCAUCUGGAAAUCCUCAUGCUAAACCAACAGACUUUGAUUUCCUGAAAGUUAUUGGGAAAGGCAGCUUUGGCAAGGUUCUUCUUGCAAAACGAAAACUGGAUGGGAAAUACUAUGCUGUCAAAGUGCUGCAGAAAAAAAUUGUUCUUAAUAGGAAAGAGCAAAAACAUAUUAUGGCUGAACGUAAUGUGCUUUUGAAAAAUGUGAAGCAUCCAUUUUUGGUGGGAUUACAUUACUCAUUCCAAACAACAGAAAAGCUUUACUUUGUCCUGGAUUUUGUUAAUGGAGGAGAGCUGUUCUUUCACUUACAAAGAGAACGUUCCUUUCCUGAGCACAGAGCCAGAUUUUAUGCUGCUGAAAUAGCCAGUGCACUGGGCUACUUACACUCCAUAAAUAUAGUGUACAGGGAUUUAAAACCAGAAAACAUUCUCCUAGAUUCACUAGGUCAUGUUGUGUUGACAGACUUUGGACUUUGUAAAGAGGGGAUUGCAAGUUCUGAUACCACUGCAACUUUUUGUGGGACACCAGAAUAUCUUGCACCAGAAGUCAUUAAAAAGCAGCCUUAUGACAACACAGUGGACUGGUGGUGCCUUGGUGCAGUUCUCUAUGAAAUGCUUUAUGGGCUGCCUCCUUUUUACUGCCGUGAUGUUGCUGAAAUGUACGAGAAUAUUCUUCAUAAACCCCUAGUUUUGCGCCCAGGAAUCAGUCUUACAGCCUGGUCUAUUCUGGAAGAACUUUUGGAGAAGGAUCGGCAAAGCAGACUUGGAGCAAGGGAAGAUUUUCUUGAAAUUCAAAAACACCCGUUCUUUGAAUCUCUCAGCUGGACUGAUCUUCUUCAGAAGAAGAUUCCACCACCAUUUAAUCCUAAUGUGGUUGGACCAGAUGAUAUUGGGAAUUUUGAUGCAGUGUUUACAGAAGAAAUGGUCCCAUACUCAGUUUGCGUUUCUUCAGAUUACAACAUUGUUAAUGCCAGUGUCCUAGAGGCGGAUGAUGCGUUUGUUGGAUUUUCAUACGCACCACCUUCUGAAGAUAUGUUUUCCUAGGAAGUUAGAAGCCAACAGUGUUCUGGAAGUCUUGGGGUGAACUGAAAUGUUAGGGUUAUGGACACAUUCCAAAAUAGUGUAACUAGUGCCUCGUUUGGUAUGUAGGUUUGAAACCUAUGAACAAACUUUCUCUGCUGUAUAGGACGAAUUUGGGCAUUUUGGAUGGCUUGCUUUGGGGUUUGAACUGUUUGUUCCUGCUGCAGAAAAUAUUUUUUAAAACCUUUAAAAAGCAUUCUCUACGUAUUUUUUAAGCAAAAAACACUGACUGUUCUCCUCAGUCCCUUCAGGUUUACAUUCGUACCUAUCUAAGACUUGUCUGGCACAAACAGCAGUAAAUUUAUAAAAUGCUUUUGUACCUAUUUACAGUGACUUUGUGCUUGAAUUGUAACUAUGCAAAUCAUCUUUUGUAUAUCCUGGUUUAAAAAAGUAAAUGUUUUCCCUGUUACAUCAGUUUGAAAUAUAUGUUAAUUUACCUGUCAGCACUUAAAUGAGGGGUUAAUAUAAGUUAAGACCGAGAUUGUUAAAGGACUUCUACAGAAUGAAAAGUUGGUUGUGUAAAACUGGAUUGUUGCUCUUGCGCUUGUUGAAGCACCCAUUCGUUCAAAUGGAUUAUCUGAGGUAUGGGGGAUUACUCAAAGCAAGGACGGAACAAAUUAAUUGGAUUGAUUUGAUAACAUUACUGAUCACGUGUUCUACUUCUUGUUCCUCCUUGCGGUAAACAUGUCUAUAUUUCAACUACAUUAAAAAUAUUUUUGGU